AAAAAACAGAUAAGGAGGGAACAAGUGAAGGAAUUUGUGAGGAACUGAAAGCAGCAGAGGGCGGUUGAAGGGAAAGGGAGGAGCGCUGCCGAGCAGAGAGCAGCAAGGUUGCACAUGAGAAACCUCAGAGGGAAAGAAAGAAAGCAAAGGGGUAGCGCGAGGAAAUAAGAAUAGGCCAGGUGGAGCUGCGUUACGAGUAGGUUUCAGUCAUACCUCACCGCUAAUUACCACUGUCUCACCGGGUGGAGGGAAGAAAGCAAAGGGAAACCAAAAGAGAGAGGCAUAAGAGGCAAACAGGAGAGGGGAGAGCAGAUACAACAAAAGACAGAGGGACAGACAGUUGACCAAAGAGUCCAGGAGAUUAGUUGAGAGAGAAAAACAAAAAGGACGAGAAAAAGCAAUAAAAAGCGAGCAAGGGGGGAAAAGUAAGAAAAGAGCAGAUACACAUUGACAGAGUGGACUGGACUUAACUCUAUGGACUACUGACAUCAGCAAAACAAAGGAAGGAGAGAGGCAGAAAAGAGGUCACUGCAGUCCAGCUCAAGUGUAGCGUGCCUGAGCAUGUCUGCUGUGAAACUAAGACAACUCAGAUAGGAGUCACAGGUAUAAGUGCAGUAAAGCCAGGCUGUAAGCCCCUCUGUAACAGCACCAUGUUGAUGAAGGAGUACCGAAUAUGCAUGCCACUGACUGUGGACGAGUAUAGGAUUGGCCAGCUGUACAUGAUCAGUAAGCACAGCUGUGAGCAGAGCGGUGGGGGAGAGGGGGUGGAGGUUGUGAGGAAUGAGGCAGACACGCAUCCGCAGCACGGCCUGGGACAGCUGACUGAGAAGAGAAUCUACCUCAGCAGCAAAUUGCCGUCCUGGGCAAAAGCAUUUGUCCCACGAUUCUUCUAUGUGACAGAAAAGGCCUGGAACUUCUACCCGUACACACUCACAGAGUACUCAGUAUCAUUCCUUCCUAAAUUCAGCAUUCGCAUUGAGACAAGAUUCGAGAACAACAACGGCAGCAACAACAAUGUGUUUGGGGACAAGCCGACCCCAACUGAGAACGUGAGCUUCCUGGAUAUCCUGAGUGACCCUAUCCCUGAAAAAUACUACAAGGAGUCAGAGGACCUGAGUCACUGGCAGUCAAGUAAAACUGGCCGAGGGCCCCUGGAGGAAGGCUGGAGAGAGCACAGCCAUCCCAUCAUGUGCUCCUAUAAGAGGGUGCAGUGCAGCUUCGAGGUCUAUGGCUUCCAGGGCAGGACGGAGGAUUUCAUUCACAGGAAUAUCCGAGAUAUUCUUUUGGUGGGCCACAGGCAAGCAGUGGCAUGGACAGACGAAUGGCACGGGAUGAAUAUGGAGGAGGUGAGAGAGUAUGAGCAGAAGCUGCAAGAGAAGACCAACAAGAAAGUCAAAUCCAGCCAGAGCAAUGCAGGCCCACCAGCCACCUCUCGCCCAGUGUUCUCUCGUUCCAUGUCAGUGACAGACGAGCGCUCUCUGAUGAGGAUGGGAGUGACGACUGCAGCCAUGUCUGACCCUUCAACCUCCUCCCUGCCCCAAAGCCCUGUUCGCUUGAAUUCCACCCCUGAAUGAUGCCUCACACACAAACACACAUCAGUCAUAUGUUGGCAUUUACUCCCCCCCAUGCAACAUUAUUUCUCAAAAAAAACACACAAAUAUCCCCACAAAGCAGCAGUCAUAUUAAUCAAUAUCACCCUUAACACCUUUUCAGAAAGCAAAUAUUGUCCAUAUUAAAUACUGUCCAACAAACAUUUAUGCUAUAAAACACACACACACACACACACAAGCAUGCAUACACACCAUCUGCCUAGCCAAAGAUGCCUCCACCUUCAAAGCACCUUCUAGUGUCUUCAGGAGCCAAACUGUGUUCACCUGUAAAUGCGGUGGGAUGUGGUGGCUCCUCUCCAGCCCACAACCUGAGCGUCUCUCCGGCAUUCCCAAUCCCGAGCCAGCAGCCUACAGACAGGUGCAUAAGGAGUUUAAUAGAGUGGAUCUAAUGAGAGAGCAGAGGAGGGUUUAGGUGCGUGUGUGUGUGUGUGUGUGUGUGUGUGUGUGAGUGGGGGGAGAUCUGUCAAUGCUAUGGAUCCACUCCCUCCUCCUGCCCAGCCAAUAGGUCAGACCAGGUAUAUUGACAGAAGGCAUCUAGGCGUUGUAUUGGUUCCUUGAUCGCUCAGCUGUGAGCUGCAAAUGGGUCAAGCCCAGGCUACACUUCAAUGAUGAGUCAAUAAUGCAACCAUUUAAAACACUGUUAUCUUCUUUUAUGAGAAUUUAAAGGAGACUUAGUGGGAUAUGG